AUGCAGAAGCAUGAUUUUAAGAAUCUGAAUGACGUAGACAGAGCCAGUUGUAAAUAUACGCGAAUCGUUGGUGGCAGAGAAUCUCAUAUUGAAAAUUUCCCGUACAUAGCGGCAAUCAAAUUCAUAGAUACAAACCUUCUUCACUGUGCUGGUAGCAUAAUCAGCAAUCAACAUAUUCUCACAGCAGCUCAUUGUUUUUAUGGGCAAGAAGAAUUGUAUGAGUUAUUACGACUCAAUGAGACUAUUGAAUUUAAUCGAUUUCAAAAAAAAAUAAAUCUUCCGACAGAAGAUGUUCACGACAUUCUUGACGUUAUAUUAUGGGGGUGGGGUGUAACAGCUAAUCCAAUUGGAUAUUUUUCGGAUAAACUACGACAAGUGACAGUAGAAAUUCUUAACUAUGACGAAUGUGUGAAAGUAUUUACACAUUCUAUAUCAGAAGAUCAAAUAUGCACGCAAACACCUAGAAAAAAUGCAUCAAUUGGGGAUAGUGGUGGACCAGUAACAAGUAAUGAUAAAUUAAUUGGUAUUAUUUCUUUCAAUAUGCCAUCGUACGAUGUUUGUCCUGAAAUACACUGCAACAUUUUUAAACAUUUAGAUUUUAUUACAGCGAUGAUGAACAUUUAG